GAGAGAGGCUUGGAUAACUCUUCCUCAUGGAAUCACACUGGAAACUGUUUCUGACACUGGUGGUGGUGGCUGUCAGCUGUUAUGCUGAAGCUUCCAUUCCCAAGCAUAUGAACAACUUCAUCGAAGUGGUGGAGAAAUUUGAGACCGAGAACCCAGAACUGGAUCCCGUCUCCGUGGUGAAAGCUCUGCGCAGGGUGGCCGGUCUGGAGAGCCCCUUCAUCCAGCGCUAUCUGGGCGUGCCCACUGCAAACUUCACCCUGGACUCAAAGCUCUCCAGCUACAUCAUGACAGCCAUGGCUCACGAGGUGACCGAUGGUGGUGUGGAGAACGGUGUGGUCUUCACACAAGACGGCACCACCGUGGCUCUGUCCCCUCUUCUCCUGGGCAUUGAGGCUGGCCUGCAGUCCACCACCCCAGAGCAUGUGGAAGGCAUUUACCCUCUCACCCUGGGUAACACCCUGGCUCUGUCCUUCUUGUACCACAACAGCAGAUCCUCUGAGACACAGCUCCUGGGCACAAGAGGAUGCUGGAACCACGUGGCCUCCCCAGAAGUGUACACUCUGUCCGACCAGCCUUCUCUGGCCACCGACGCUAUGAUCAAUGGAGGAAUCGACGGUCUGAUCCUGGGUCUGGAGAUCGCUUCUCCUAACUCUCGUCCCCAGAAGCUGAGUGAGCUGCUGAGGAGCUACUACACCCACCGCUUGGACGAGAGGGGACUGGACGGCGCCCCGAGACUGAUCAGUCAAAUGCGCCGCACCAACUUCAAGGAUCUGUUGAGUGUGUCACUGCUGAAGACCCAGGUGAAGAGCUCCAUGGCUAGAUAUGGGGAACUUCAUGGGGAGAAGGCUCAGGAGAAUUUCGAUGCUCUGGUGAAUACGGGAAUUGAGGAGCUCAUCCACACAUAUGCAACCUGUCCAAACAUCAUUGCCAGGUGUACUUGGGGAGCUAAACCUUUCAUCGGCUCACCCAGCUACCUGUCUCUUCCCGUGUCCUACGUCAUCCUUCACCACACUGCCUCACCCAGUCAGCCCUGCACAAGUUUUGAUGCCUGUGCUGCCAACAUGAGGUCCAUGCAGAGUUACCACCAGAACACCAAUGGCUGGUCAGACAUCGGCUACAACUUUGUGGCAGGUGGUGAUGGGAACAUGUAUGAGGGCCGUGGCUGGAAGUGGGUUGGAGCUCAUGCCUAUGGGUGGAACUCCAAGAGUUUGGGCGUCUCCAUCAUCGGAGACUACACCUCCAGACUGCCAUCUUCAAGCACCAUAAACAUGGUGAGGUACCAGUUCUCAGACUGUGCCAAGAGCGGAGGGCGCGCAAGCUACAGCUACAUCUUGUACGGACACAGACAGGUGGAUUCCACCUCCUGCCCUGGAAAUUCUCUUUUCAACGAGAUGAAAAAAUGGGAGCACUUCAGGGUAAGAGAGAAAGUCAUGUGA